UGGUAGCUUUGUUACUGGAAAUAAUAUCAAAAUGCAGCUGCUCUAUUUGUGCACUUUAUUGUUGGCCAGUCUUGGCCAUGUGUUUGGCUACUCCUACUUGAUGGUUAUGCCAACAACAGCCAAGUCGCAUUUCUAUGUUGGACAAGCUCUGGCCAAGGGAUUGGUGGCUGCAGGACACGAAGUGACGGUGGUCUCGGCAUUUCCACAAAGGAAACCUAUUAAAAACUUAUUGGAUGUACCCUUGCCGGGCAUAAUACCCGUUAUGGCUGCGCACAAGGCGCGAAUACUCGAGAACGCAAAGAAGCCUCUUAUAAAACGUCUGCCUACUUUCCAUGGAAUGGGUCUGGACAUAACCAGAGCUUUGCUGGAGGAACCAGCUGUUCAAACACUUCUCAAAGAAAAUCGCACCUAUGAUGCAGUUAUAUGCGAGGUCUUCAUAAACGAGGCGCAUUUUGGAUUUGCAGAACAUUUCAAUGCACCACUCAUCGGACUCAGUACAUUUGGCGCCUCCUCGUGGACUACUGACAUGGUUGGCACACCUUCGCCGCUCUCGUAUGUGCCAAAUGUUAUGCUGCAGUUCAGUGAUCGAAUGAGUUUCUGGGAACGCACUCACAAUUUCCUAUACUCAGCCUACGAGUUUGCCUAUCAGCGAUUAUUCUAUCUGCCCAGGCAGGAGCAGCUCUAUCGCAAAUUCUUUCCGAACAACAAGCAAGACUUCUACAAGAUGCGUGGAAAUGCGUCACUUGUGCUGCUAAACAAUCAUGUUUCACUCAGUUUUCCACGACCAUAUGCACCCAACAUGAUUGAAGUGGGUGGCAUGCAUGUGCAACGCCAACGCAAACCGUUGCCCCAAGACAUCGAGAAGUUCAUUAACGGUGCCAAAGACGGUGUCAUCUACUUCUCCAUGGGCUCCAAUUUGCGGAGCGCCGACCUGCCAAAGCCCAAACGCGAUGCGUUGAUUGCCACAUUCCGUGGACUGAAGCAGCGCGUGUUGUGGAAAUUUGAGGAUAAAGAUUUACCCGACAAACCAGAGAAUGUCUUCAUCUCAACGUGGUUCCCCCAGGACGAUGUAUUGGCACAUGAGAAUGUCAAAUUGUUCAUCACCCAUGGCGGUCUGCUGAGCACCACCGAAUCGAUUUAUCAUGGCACGCCUGUGUUGGGUAUUCCCAUGUUCGGUGAUCAGUUCAUGAAUAUGGCACGUGCCGAACAGUCUGGCUACGGAGCUGCAGUCAGAUUUGAUCAACUAACAGCCGAAAAGUUACGCAGUGCAAUAGAUAAGAUAAUCGGAGAUCCCAGCUAUACGAUUCAGGUGCGUGCCAUGUCUGAGAGGUUCCGUGACCAGCACGAAACACCUUUGGAACGUGCUGUCUAUUGGGUGGAGCAUGUGACUAGGCAAAAAGGUGCCAAGUACCUUCGUAGUGCCUCACAAGAUUUAUCGUUCAUACAGUACAAUAAUCUGGAUGUGCUAGCACUGAUCUUUGGUGGGCUUAUCCUAACUUUACUUACGAUUAUUGGCCUGUUGGUGUUCAUAGUCAAAUUCAUUAGAAACAAGAAAAGUCAGAAAAAGGUAAAAAGAAAUAUGUCACGCAAUAAAACCAGUUUGUACUCGCUCUUGCUGCUUGGGCUGCUGGGCUCCGUGACAGCUUAUAACUAUCUAAUGGUGCUUCCAACUGGUGCUCGAUCUCACUAUAAUGUCGGGUCAGCGUUGGCCAAAGGUUUGGCAGCCGCUGGUCAUCAGGUGACCUUGAUCUCGCCCUUCCCGCUCAAGAAACCUAUUCAGAAUAUUAAUGAUGUGCCCGUUCCAAAUAUUUUGAAAUCCAUGGGAGGUGACAUAGAUAAUUUACUGAAAAAAUCGGAACAGCCAAUUAUACAACAAAUUGUUGGAUUCUAUGACAUGGGUAUACGUAUAACCGAGACGGUGCUUCAAGAUCCAAUUGUUAAGAAAUUGAAAGAUUCCAAUCAGACUUUUGAUGCAGUUAUCAACGAAGUAUUUCUGAACGAAGCGCAUUUUGGAUUUGCUGAGCAUUUCAACGCACCACUUAUUGGUCUCGGCACUUUUGGCGCCAUCAGCUGGAACACUGAUAUGGUUGGCUCGCCAUCGCCCGCCUCUUAUGUACCUCAUGCACUGCUCAAAUUCUCCGAUCACAUGUCGUUCGUCGAAAGAGUCAUCAAUUUGGCCUUCCUCACCUACGAGUAUUUGUUCAUGAAGUUCUACUACUUGCCACAACAGGAACAACUCUUCAACAAAUACUUUCCCAAUAACAAACAAGAUUUCUAUGAGACGCGCAGUAAUGCAGCCUUGGUUUUGCUCAAUCAGCAUGUUUCACUGAGCUCCCCCCGGCCAUAUUCACCCAAUAUGAUCGAAGUGGGUGGCAUGCACAUUCAACGCAAUCGCAGUCCACUGCCCAAGGACAUCGAAGAGUUCAUCAAGGGUGCUAAACAUGGUGUCAUUUACUUCUCCAUGGGAUCUAACCUAAAGAGCAAAAAUCUACCACAAGAAAAGCGACAAGCUUUAAUUGACACUUUCAGCCAGCUGAAGCAACGCGUGCUGUGGAAAUUUGAAGAACCCAAUUUGCCGGGUAAACCAGAGAAUGUCUUUAUCUCGGACUGGUUCCCACAGGACGAUAUAUUGGCCCACGAGAAUGUCAAAUUAUUCAUCACACACGGCGGUCUGCUCAGCACCACAGAAUCGAUUUAUCAUGGCAAACCAUUUGUGGGUAUUCCCAUUUUUGGUGAUCAAUUCCUUAAUAUGGCACGUGCUGAGCAAAAUGGCUAUGGCAAGACAGUUAACUAUGAAGAGCUAACAACGGCAAGAUUACUGGCGGCUAUCAACAAGCUGCUUCAAGAGCCGCAGGCCAUUGAACUGGUCAAAGACAUGUCCGCUCGCUAUAGAGAUCAGCCACAACUGCCACUGGAACGUGCUGUCUACUGGGUGGAACAUGUGACCAGGCAUAAGGGUGCCAAGUAUUUGCGAAGUGCAUCCCAGGAUCUCGAUUUUGUGCAAUAUCAUAACCUGGAUGCUAUUCUAGUCCUCUAUGGCGGCAUCUUAUUUGUGCUCUAUUGUAUUCUAUUGCUCAUACGCCGGGCAUGGGGAGCACUGCAGAAUUUAUUCUUGGGUCGCCAGACAGCAAAAGCAAAAGUGAAACGUAAUUGAGAGAAGGUUCAAGAUUAAGUAUUAUAAGAUAGUCUGUGUGUGUAUAUUGUCGAUAAGUUCCAGCCACACUUUAAGUGUUUGAUUUUGCUAAUAAAAAUUGCAGCGAGAGGUCGGUUUGGGUUGCCGCCGGCAUUGAGAUUGUAAAAUAAAA